CCGGCGGGGUCCGCCGGGGCCGGCAUCGUCCGCCCGGCGGCGGGAGGAGGGAGCGGCGUAGACAAAGAGCGGCAUCUGGGCGGGCGCAGCGCGGCCGCCGCCCCGGGACCCGCACCGCUGCCCUCCGGCUUCGGCGUGCGGUGUGCAGCGAGAGCCCAUAGGUUUUCCUCUCCUACGAGUACCACGCCGGCUCAUACUUCCCUGCUGAGGUCCGAGCUGACUCAAGAGCUUAGAGGAUCACUGCAGCUUUGUAACCUUCAACGUGUCCUCAGCAGGAAAACAAAACAAAACAAAACAAAACUCAUCCUUUUGAAGAGUGCUACGUUUUGCCAGUCACCUCUUACAACUGUGUGCCAAAGAAGGACUCCAUGAAAGAUGACAGAAGAAGUCAUUGUCAUAGCCAAGUGGGACUACACGGCCCAGCAGGACCAGGAGCUCGACAUCAGGAAGAACGAGAGACUGUGGCUGCUGGACGACUCCAAGACGUGGUGGCGGGUGAGGAAUGCAGCCAACAGGACGGGCUACGUGCCGUCCAACUACGUGGAGCGCAAGAACAGCCUGAAGAAGGGCUCCCUGGUGAAGAAUCUCAAGGACACGCUAGGCCUCGGAAAGACACGCAGGAAGCCAAGCGCUCGAGAUGCAUCCCCAACGCCGAGCACUGAUGCGGAGUACCCAGCCAAUGGCAGCGGCGCCGACCGCAUCUAUGACCUCAAUAUCCCUGCCUUUGUUAAGUUUGCCUACGUAGCUGAACGAGAGGAUGAGCUGUCCCUGGUGAAGGGCUCCCGUGUCACAGUUAUGGAGAAAUGCAGCGAUGGCUGGUGGCGCGGCAGCUUCAAUGGGCAAAUCGGCUGGUUCCCCUCCAACUACGUGCUGGAGGAGGCAGAUGAGGCGGCAGCCGAGGCCCCCAGCUUCCUGAGCCUUCGGCGGGGCGCCGCAAUGAGCAACGGGCAAGGCGCACGGGUGCUGCAUGUGGUGCAGACGCUGUACCCCUUCAGCUCGGUCACUGAGGAGGAGCUUAGCUUCGAGAAGGGGGAGACCAUGGAGGUGAUUGAGAAGCCCGAGAACGACCCUGAGUGGUGGAAAUGCAAAAAUGCCCGGGGCCAGGUGGGCCUGGUCCCCAAGAACUACGUGGUGGUCCUCAGUGACGGGCCUGCCCUGCACCCCACGCACACCCCGCAGAUCAGCUACACCGGGCCCUCAGCCAGCGGACGAUUCGCUGGUCGUGAGUGGUACUAUGGCAAUGUGACACGGCACCAGGCCGAGUGCGUGCUCAAUGAGCGGGGCGUCGAGGGCGACUUUCUCAUUAGGGACAGCGAGUCCUCGCCCAGUGACUUCUCUGUGUCUCUCAAAGCGUCAGGGAGGAACAAGCACUUCAAGGUGCAGCUGGUGGACAGCGUCUACUGCAUUGGGCAGCGGCGGUUCCAUAGCAUGGACGAGCUUGUGGAGCACUACAAGAAGGCCCCCAUCUUCACCAGCGAACAUGGCGAGAAGCUCUACCUCGUCCGGGCCCUGCAGUGAAGGCAGCCAUCGGCUUCUCUGUGCCCUGCCCACUGUGGGCCUCGCUGCCACCUCUGCCUCCCAGAGCCCAACGCUGCCAGCCACCUCCACUCUGUAGCCCCGUCGGUUGACCAUAGCUACCCAGGUCCUCACAGCCAUGCCCAUAGCCACCACCUUCGGGCCAUCUUCAGGUGGUGAGGGUCAAAGGGAGCAAAGCUGCUCACUCUUUUCCUUUAUACUUGGAAGCAGUCUGUUUAAAUCCUUCACACACACACACACACACACACACACACACACACACACAGUAAAAGACUGGGACCUAUUUGGAGGGCAGAAAGUCUGUAUGUAGUGAACAUGUGACCUUAGUACACACACUCUGAGAGCUGUGUCCAUGGGUGCUUGGUGCCUCCCAUCAGCCAUGCUGGUCCAGGGCCUGCAUAUAUAUAUAUUAUUAUUAUUAUUUUUUGGCUCCAGGCUCUGCAGGAGUCCAAGAAUGUGCGGAUAGCAAUACUGGAAACCCUGGGGAGGUGAUGGUAAGGGAACUGCCCAGUGCCUUUGAGGCUGUGCUUGCAAUAAAAGAGGGUUGGUUUUUUUUGUUUUUUUUUUUUUGUUGUUGUUUUUGUUUUUUGUUUGUUUUUUGUUUUUGUCUGCAAAAGAGGCAACAGCAGAAAGAAAGAAAGAAAGAAAGAAACUUGGGUAAUGUACCCCCAGGUGUGCCAUCCACAUAGUGCUUUUUCCUUCUUGCCCUUCGGCUUGUUUGAAUUUCACAAUUAUGUAUUUAAUUCUCAAAGUAAUAUGUAUCUGUAGCCGUUUGUUGACACUAAUAACAGAUGAUUAAGGAAAACAGCUGAUCUCUCGGGAAGGGGAGCUACCAAUACUUUAUACAUACACACUAUAUAUAUAUAAUAUAUGUAUAUUAUAUAUAUUAUUUGCUUUACAGGGAAAUUUUUCAGGGUUUAACAAAAGAGUAUGUGAUUGGUAGUAACAGAAUGUUUAUGAAGAAACUGCAUUUUCAUUUUUUUCUUUACAUUUGAACUUCUUUAUAGUUUGACUAUAGAGUCUUGAGAUGGCACAUUCCUACGAUUGAAGAAGGGGUCUUGAGAUCCCCUAAACUUGCAUACCCAGUUUUUUGAAUAUUGUAAUAAAAAAAAAAAGUAUCAUGCCAAA